AUGUCGGAGCCUGUAAUUGUCUACAAGGCGCUGCGUCAAAUCUCGGAAUGGACACUGUCCACGUUCUACUCGGAGGUGACAGUUCGUGGCCAGGAGAACAUCCCACAAAACGGGCCACUCAUCAUCUGUUCCAGCCAUCACAAUGAGAUCAUUGACAUUGCUACUCUUGCUGUCACCAUCCCGCACCAGCGACAGGUGUCCUUCUGGGCCAAGUCGUCGAUGUUCAAAAAUCCUGUGUCUCGUUUCAUUAUGGAAUCCUCGGGAGCUAUCCCUGUGAUGCGUAACCCCAACAGCCGUGGUGCAACGCCGAAUGGGACGCAACCUUCCGAGUCCACCGAACCUACUGCUGACUCCCUAUUUGCGGCUACUACUCGCGCACUUCUCGAUGGUCGCGUUGUUGGUGUGUUUCCCGAAGGCACGAGCUACACCGAGCCACGCAUCAUGCAGGUGAAAGAGGGCGCAGCGCUUGCCGCUCUCGAAUUUGUGCGAGCGGACAAGGCGAAAUGGGAAGCGGAGGAGGUGGCGGAGUGGGAGAAGGCGAGGGAGGAGAGGGAAAAGAUAGAAAAGGAGCAGUGGGAGGCGAAAGAGAAUGCGGAGAGAGAAUACAUAGCAUGGCAGCUGAAGGAGGCGCCCAGAUUAGAGGCGGAGGAACAGGAGGCAAGGGAGAGAGAAGAUGGAGCAUGGGAGGAAUGGCGGCAGCGGAACGAGAUGGCCAUAUUGGAAACCGAGGCAAGAGCAAGUGAGGAGAAUCAGACGGCAGAGGAGAUGGAAGCGAAUAUACGGGCGGAAUCAGAAUUGGAGCUUGCAGUGGACGUUCAAGCGGAGACAUACACAGUGGACAAGACGAGAGAGAGAGAAGAAAGACAGGAAUUGGAGGUAAGUGCGGGUGUGGAUGGAGAGCAGGGAGACGAACGGCUAGGAGAAGCAGAAGAGGGGGUAGAGAGGGCUGAGGAAGGGAACUUUGAAGUAGGAUCGGAAGAAAAGAUAGAAGAAGAGGCAGAAAAUGGGGCUGCCAUCGUCAUCGACACCCCAGCAGAGUCCGCAGCGGGGUCCGCCGUGAUGGAGGAGAACGAAUUCAGGUCAGGGAUGCAGAUCGCAGAGGCCGCCGCUCUCAAUUGGACAACCGCGACAACCGACGUUGAGAUUUGGACUCCGCUGCAAGGGAAUCAAUCGGCGUCUUAUGCACCACAAUAUAGUCGGACGGAGCAACCUUAUUCAUCAGCACGACAAGAGUGGCAACCGAGCUGGCAAACGACGCAGCAAAGUGGAGGACUUGUCUGGGAUCGUGGUUACAACCAACCCAAAGCGGCACCAAAGGAGCGCCCGACGUAUACAGCAGAAUUGAGCCUUGUGCCGUUCAUGUCGGGCACGACUUGGGUUAUCGCCCGGGAGAGCCCUGCGUAUCAAGUGAACACUAUGGUGAGAGACAUCCUCUGGCCCGAUGACGACAUGCAUCUAUGGAACUUUCCCGACAUCAGUCAGACCAUUGUUGAUAUUUUCUCUCCCGGAAAUGCGUCCGAAGAACAAGAGCGUGUCAAGAAACUCCUUCUACAUUACUCCGCACUCCUGCAGUACGCGAAUAUGACCCACAGCGCGGUAUCCGCGUCCCUCUUUUACGAGCACUCGGACACGGUGCCCACCGUAUUUCAGACGCUCCGUAUCUUAAUCCUCAGGCUCAUCCUCGCCUUCCUCGACCCGCGUUUUAUCCUCUUCGUACCUGCACUCGUUCUGCACCUGCCUGUAUAUGGCUCCUCCCUUCUCGCGUCGCGCUUGCUCGCGAAUCGGAAGCUACCCGAGACGAUCUCACAGUACAAAGUCAUCUUCGGGGGUGCCGCGAUGGGAGCCGUGUACAGCUGGUUUGCGUCGGUCGUGUUCAGGUGCACUAUGAACUGGGCUUUGAGGUUCGGUCGCGCGCUCGGCAACAACCAGUUUUUGCUGGUUGCUAUAAGGAAAAUCCCAGCAGUUGAUCUUCACGGUUGGGAGGGAGUUCUGGGGCGUGUCGGAGGGAUUUUGGGACGUGUCUGUCAAGUCGCGGGCGUGGUCGGGUUAGGUGCGACAGCAGCCGCUAGUGUCUUCUUGAUAGCAAAGUCGCAUAAAUACUUCGUAAAGGGGAAUCUCAAGAGGUUCCGCCGUCUCACCGCGUGUGCUAAAGUCUUUGUUGGCCUCGCAACACCCGCGUCGUUCUCCCUGCCCCUCGACAAAGCGAACGCGUACUUCGCCCGCCCGCCCAUCCCGCCCCGCAACCCGUUCGUCAAGUACGAGACCCCCGCCGAGGAGAGGCGCAGCCCCGCCAUACCCUUCAUCUUCUCGCACAGGCUCAUCCGCCACAUCCUCAACGCGCGAUACAAGACGAUGAUCAGUCUCCUCGAGUAUUUGAAGGAACAGCCGUGGAGCACCCGUCGCGGCCCAGUGGAUGCCGCGAGGGCCACCACCCUUUGCGAAGCGCAAUUCCUGCGACGUAAGUUCGAGAACCACGCCGCGAUCCUUGGACAUGAGGCUUGGACUCGUGCACAGGCUCAGGCUGAAGCCGAAGUUCGAGCCAAGUCCGAUUAA